CUUCUCCCAGUCUUUAACAGAGAGUACAAGGGACCUUGCAGGAGAAUCUAAACGCAAAGCAUCACCCAAGGUCGUGAAAUGUAGGCUCCCCUCGCAUCCGGGGCCUUGUUCCGUCUUUAGCUGGGUGGGGAAUGGUGUCGCCUAGCAGCCGCUGCCGCUCUUGAUUGCACUGGACCAGUUGGCGGGAUCCAGAGACCCGGUGGAAGCGCGCUGUGGAGCGGUCGGGCGUAGCGGCGGGACCAAGCUUGGUCCGUGCGGCAGAUGAGGGGACGCUGCUGGUUGCCAUCCUUGGUUAGAAGGUAAAGCGCAGUGAAAGAUUUCACGAUGCCACCUAAUAUAAACUGGAAAGAAAUAAUAAAAGUUGACCCAGAUGACCUGCCUCGUCAAGAAGAAUUGGCAGAUAAUUUACUGGUUUCCUUAUCCAAGGUGGAAACAAGUGAGCUAAAACAUGCAAGUCAAGAAAAUGUGAUACACCUUUUCAGAAUUACUCAAUCACUAAUGAAGAUGAAAGCUCAAGAAGUAGAACUAGCUUUGGAGGAAGUUGAAAAAGCUGGAGAAGAACAAGCAAAAUUCGAAAAUCAAUUAAAAACUAAAGUAAUGAAACUGGAAAAUGAACUGGAGAUGGCUCAGCAAUCUGCAGGUGGUCGUGACACUCGGUUUUUACGUGAUGAAAUUCGCCAACUUGAAAAGCAAUUGGAACAAAAAGAUAGAGAAUUGGAGGACAUGGAAAAGGAGUUGGAGAAAGAGAAGAAAGUUAAUGAACAAUUGGCUCUUCGAAAUGAGGAGGCAGAGAAUGAAAACAGCAAAUUAAGAAGAGAGAACAAACGUCUAAAGAAAAAGAAUGAGCAACUUCGUCAGGAUAUUGUUGACUAUCAGAAACAAAUAGAUUCUCAAAAAGAAACACUUUUGUCAAGAAGAGGAGAAGACAGUGACUACCGAUCACAGUUGUCUAAAAAAAACUAUGAACUUGUCCAAUAUCUGGAUGAAAUUCAGACUUUAACAGAAGCUAAUGAAAAAAUUGAAGUUCAGAAUCAAGAAAUGAGAAAAAAUCUAGAAGAGUCUGUACAGGAGAUGGAAAAGAUGACUGAUGAGUAUAACAGGAUGAAAGCUAUUGUACAUCAGACAGAUAAUAUAAUGGACCAAUUAAAAAAGGAAAAUGAUCAUUAUCGGCUUCAAGUGCAGGAGCUUACAGACCUUCUGAAAGCAAAAAAUGAAGAAGAUGAUCCAGUCAUGGCUGCUGUCAAUGCAAAAGUAGAAGAAUGGAAGUUAAUUUUGUCUUCUAAAGAUGAUGAAAUUAUUGAAUAUCAGCAAAUGUUACAUAACCUGAGAGAGAAAUUGAAAAAUGCCCAGCUUGAUGCUGAUAAAAGUAGUGUGAUGGCUCUACAACAGGGUAUACAAGAACGAGAUAGUCAAAUUAAAAUGCUCACUGAGCAAGUGGAACAAUAUACAAAAGAAAUGGAAAAAAAUACUUUCAUUAUUGAAGAUUUGAAAAAUGAGCUUCAAAGAAACAAAGGUGCUUCAACUCUUUCCCAACAGACUCAUUAUAUGAAAAUUCAGUCAAAGGUUCAAAUGUUAGAAGAGAAAACUAAAGAGGCUGAGAGAACAGCUGAACUGGCUGAGGCUGAUGCUAGGGAAAAGGAUAAAGAACUAGUUGAGACUCUAAAGCGAUUAAAAGAUUAUGAAUCGGGAAUAUAUGGUUUAGAAGAUGCUGUUAUUGAAAUAAAGAAUUGUAAAAACCAGAUUAAAAUAAGAGAUCGAGAGAUUGAAGUAUUGACGAAGGAAAUCAAUAAACUUGAGUUGAAGAUCAAUGAUUUCCUCGAUGAAAAUGAGGCACUUAGGGAGCGCAUGGGCCUUGAACCGAAGACAAUGAUUGAUUUAACUGAAUUUAGAAAUAGCAAAAGCUUAAAGCAACAGCAGUACAGAGCUGAAAACCAGAUUCUUUUGAAAGAGAUUGAAAGUCUAGAGGAAGAACGACUUGAUCUGAAAAAAAAAAUUCGCCAAAUGGCUCAAGAAAGAGGAAAAAGAGCUGCAACUUCAGGAUUAACCAUUGAGGACCUAAACCUAACUGAAAACUUUUCUCAAGAAAAUAGAGUAGGAGAAAGGAAAUUCGAUUUUACAAGCCUCAAAAAUAUAAGUGAAACACAAUUAAAGAAUGAAUUUCUUUCAAGAGAACUAAUUGAAAAGGAAAGAGAUUUAGAAAGAGGUAGAACAGUAAUAACCAAAUAUCAGAAUAAAUUAAAAGAAUUAGUUGAAGAAAAUAAGCAACUGGAAGAAGGUAUGAAAGAAAUAUUGCAAGCUAUUAAAGAAAUGCAGAAAGAUCCUGAUGUUAAAGGGGAAACAUCUCUAAUUAUUCCUAGUCUUGAAAGACUAGUUAACGCUAUAGAAUCAAAGAAUGCAGAAGGAAUCUUUGAUGCAAAUCUGCAUUUGAAAGCCCAAGUUGAUCAACUUACUGGAAGGAAUGAAGAAUUAAGACAGGAGCUCAGGGAAUCUCGGAAGGAGGCUAUAAAUUAUUCUCAGCAGUUGGCAAAAGCAAAUUUAAAGAUAGAUCAUCUUGAAAAAGAAGCCAUUCUUUUACGGCAAUCAGAAGGAUCAAAUGUUGUUUUUAAAGGAGUAGACUUACCUGACGGGAUAGCACCAUCUAGUGCCAAUAUUAUUAAUUCUCAAAAUGAAUAUUUAAUACGUAUCUUACAGGAACUAGAAUAUAAAGAAAAUAAAUUAAAAAAUUUAGAAGAUUCUCUUGAGGACUAUAACAGAAAAUUUGCAGUAAUUCGUCAUCAACAGAGUUUAUUAUAUAAAGAAUAUCUAAGUGAAAAGGAGACCUGGAAAACAGAAUCUGAAACAAUGAAAGAGGAAAAGAAAAAACUUGAGGAUCAAAUCCAACAAGGUGCUAUAAAAGUAAAAGAAUAUAAUAAUUUGCUUAGUGCUCUUCAGAUGGAUUCGGAUGAAAUGAAAAAAACACUUUCAGAAUAUAGUAGAAAAAUUACAGUCUUGCAAGUGAAUGAAAAGUCACUCAUAAGACAAUAUACCACUUUAGUAGAAUUGGAGCGACAGCUUAGGAAAGAAAACGGGAAACAGAAGAAUGAAUUGAUAUCAAUGGAAGCUGAAGUUGGUGAAAAAAUUGGACGUUUGCAACGAUUUAAGGAAAUGGCCAUUUUCAAGAUUGCAGCUCUGCAAAAAGUUAUAGAUAAUAGCGUUUCUUUGUCUGAGCUAGAAUUGGCCAAUAAACAGUAUAAUGAACUGACUGCGAAAUACAGGGACAUCUUGCAAAAAGAUAAUAUGCUUGUUCAAAGAACAAAUAACUUGGAACACUUAGAGUGUGAAAAUGCAUCCCUGAAAGAACAAGUGGAGUCUAUAAAUAAAGAACUGGAGAUUACCAAGGAAAAACUUUACACUGUUGAACAAGCCUGGGAACAAGAAACUAAAUUAGGAAAUGAAUCAAACAUGGAUAAGGCAAAGAAAUCAAUAACCAACAGUGAAAUUGUUUCUAUUUCAAAAAAAAUUACUAUGCUGGAGAUGAAAGAAUUAAAUGAAAGGCAGCGGGCUGAACAUUCUCAAAAAAUGUAUGAACACGCAAGGACUUCAUUAAAGCAAAUGGAAGAACGUAAUUUUGAAUUGGAAACCAAAUUUGCUGAGCUUACCAAAAUCAAUUUGGAAGCACAGAAGGUGGAACAGAUGUUAAGAGAUGAACUAGCUGAUAGUGUGAGCAAGACAGUAAGUGAUGCUGAUAGGCAACGGAUUCUAGAAUUAGAGAAGAACGAAUUGGAACUAAAAGUUGAAGUGUCAAAACUGAGAGAGAUUUCUGAUAUUGCCAAAAGACAAGUUGAAAUUUUGAAUACACAACAACAGUCCAGGGAAAAAGAAGUAGAAUCUGUCAGAAUGCAACUGUUAGACUAUCAGGCACAGUCUGAUGAAAAGGCACUAAUUGCCAAGUUGCAUCAAAAUGUCGUCUCUCUUCAAAUCAGUGAGGCUACUGCGCUUGGCAAGUUGGAAUCAGUUACAUCUAAACUGCAGAAAAUGGAGGCCUGUAAUUUGCGCUUAGAGCAGAAACUUGAUGAAAAGGAACAGGCUCUCUAUUAUGCCCGUCUGGAGGGGAGAAACAGAGCAAAACAUCUGCGCCAAACAAUUCAGUCUCUCCGACGACAGUUUAGUGGAGCUUUACCCUUGGCACAGCAGGAAAAGUUCUCUAAAACGAUGAUUCAAUUACAAAACGACAAACUUAAGAUAAUGCAAGAAAUGAAAACUUCUCAACAAGAGCAUAGAAAUAUGGAGAACAAAGCAAUGGAAAUGGAAUUAAAGUUAAAGGGGCUGGAAGAGUUAAUAAGCACUUUAAAGGAUGCCAGGGGAGCCCAAAAGGUAAUCAGUUGGCAUAUGAAAAUAGAAGAACUACGUCUUCAAGAGCUUAAACUAAAUAGAGAAUUAGUCAAGGAUAAAGAAGAAAUAAAAUAUUUGAAUAAUAUAAUUUCUGAAUAUGAGCAUACAAUCAGCAGUCUGGAGGAAGAAAUUGUGCAGCAAAACAAGUUUCAUGAAGAAAGGCAGAUGGCCUGGGAUCAAAGAGAAGUUGAGCUAGAACGUCAACUAGACAUUUUUGACCAUCAGCAAAAUGAAAUACUAAAAGCAGCACAAAAGUUUGAAGAGGCGACAGGAUCAUUGCCAGACCCUAGUUUGCCCCUUCCAAAUCAACUUGAGAUUGCUCUAAGAAAAAUUAAGGAAAAUGUUCGAAUAAUCCUAGAAACACGGGCAACUUGUAAAUCACUAGAAGAGAAGCUAAAAGAAAAAGAAUCUGCCUUACGGUUAGCAGAGCAAAAUAUUCUGUCAAGGGACAAAGUCAUCACUGAACUAAGGCUUCGAUUGCCUGCCACUGCAGAACGUGAAAAGCUUAUAGCCGAACUAGGCAGAAAAGAGGUAGAACCAAAAUCACAUCACACACUGAAAAUUGCUCAGCAGACCAUUGCAAAUAUGCAGGCAAGGUUAAACCAAAAGGAAGAAGUGUUAAAGAAGUACCAACAUCUUCUGGAAAAAGCAAGAGAGGAGCAAAGAGAAAUUGUUAAGAAACAUGAAGAAGACCUUCAUAUUCUUCAUCGUAAAUUAGAACUACAGGCUGAUAGUUCACUCAAUAAAUUCAAACAAACAGCUUGGGAUUUAAUAAAACAGUCCCCUACUCCAGUUCCUACCAACAAGCAUUUUAUUCGUCUGGCUGAGAUGGAACAGACAGUAGCAGAACAAGAUGAUUCUCUCUCCUCACUUUUAGCCAAACUAAAAGAAGUAUCUCAAGAUUUAGAGAGACAAAAAGAAAUCACUGAAUUAAAAAUCAAAGAAUUUGAAAAUACCAAAUUGCGGCUCCAAGAAAACCAUGCAUAUGAAGUGAAAAAAGUGAAAGCAGAAGUAGAGGAUUUAAGGUGUCUUCUGGCCCAGUCACAAAAGGAGUCACAGAGUUUAAAAUCUGAACUGCAGGCUCAAAAAGAAGCAAAUUCAAGAGCUCCAACAACUACAAUGAGAAAUCUAGUAGAACGGCUAAAGAGCCAGUUAGCCUUGAAAGAGAAACAACAAAAAGCACUUAGUCGAGCACUUUUGGAACUCCGGACAGAAAUGACAGCAGCAGCUGAAGAACGUAUUAUUUCUGCAACUUCUCAGAAAGAGGCAAACCUCAAUGUUCAACAAAUGGUUGAUCGACAUACUAAAGAGCUAAAGUCACAAAUUGAAGACUUAAGUGAAAAUCUUUUAAAAUUGAAAGAAGCUCUUAAAACAAGUAAAAACAGAGAAAACUCAUUAACUGAUAAUUUGAAUGACUUAACCAAUGAACUGCAAAAAAAACAAAAAGCUUAUAAUAAAAUGCUUAGAGAGAAAGAUGGAAUUGAUCAAGAGAAUGAUGAACUGAAAAGGCAAAUUAAAAGACUGACCAGUGGAUUACAGGGAAAAUCUCUGUUAGAUAAUAAACAAAGUUUAAUUGAAGAACUCCAAAAGAAAAUUAAAAAGCUAGAAAGCCAACUGGAAAGAAAGGUGGAUGAGGCAGAAAUAAAGCCUAUGAAAGAAAAGAGUGCCAAAGAAGAAUUAAUUAGGUGGGAAGAAGGUAAAAAAUGGCAAACCAAAAUAGAAGGAAUUAGAAACAAGUUAAAAGAGAAAGAGGGGGAAGUGUAUAUUCUAACAAAGCAGUUGAAUACUUUGAAGGAUCUUUUUGCCAAGGCUGACAAAGAGAAACUUACUUUGCAGAGGAAACUAAAAACAACUGGCAUUACUGUUGAUCAGGUUAUGGGAGUGCGAGCUUUGGAGUCAGAAAAAGAGUUGGAAGAAUUGAAAAAGAGAAAUCUUGACUUAGAAAAUGACAUAUCAUAUAUGAGGACCCGUCAAGCUCUUCCUCGAGAUUCUGUCAUAGAAGAUUUACAUUUACAAAAUAGAUACCUCCAAGAAAAACUACAUGUUUUAGAAAAACAGUUUUCAAAGGAUGCAUAUUCUAGACCUUCAACUUCAGGAAUAGAGUCAGAUGAACACUGUCAAAGAGAACAAGAGCUUCAGAGGGAAAACUUAAAGCUGUCAUCUGAAAAUAUUGAACUAAAAUUUCAGCUUGAACAAGCAAAUAAAGAUUUGCCAAGAUUAAAGAAUCAAGUAAGAGAUUUGAAGGAAAUGUGUGAAUUUCUUAAGAAAGAAAAAGCAGAAGUUGAGCGGAAACUUGGCCAUGUUAGAGGGUCUGGUAGAAGUGGAAAGACAAUUCCAGAACUAGAAAAAACCAUUGGUUUAAUGAAAAAAGUAGUUGAAAAAGUCCAAAGGGAAAAUGAACAGUUGAAAAAAGCAUCAGGAGUACUGACCAGUGAAAAAAUGGCUAAUAUUGAGCUGGAAAAUGAAAAGUUGAAGGCUGAAUUAGAAAAACUUAAAGUUCAUCUUGGACGUCAGUUGAGCAUGCACUAUGAAUCCAAGACCAAAGGCACAGAGAAAAUUGUUGCUGAAAAUGAAAGACUUCGUAAAGAACUUAAAAAAGAGACUGAAGCUGCAGAGAAAUUGCGGAUAGCUAAGAAUAAUUUAGAGAUAUUAAAUGAGAAGAUGACAGUUCAACUAGAAGAGACUGGCAAGAGAUUACAGUUGGCAGAAAGUAGAGGUCCACAGCUUGAAGGUGCUGACAGCAAGAGCUGGAAAUCAAUUGUUGUUACAAGAAUGUAUGAAACCAAGCUGAAAGAAUUGGAAACUGACAUUGCCAAAAAAACGCAAAACCUUACUGAUCUUAAACAGCUUGUAAAACAAGCAACAGAGAGGGAACAAAAAGCUAAGAAAUACACUGAAGACCUUGAGCAACAAAUUGAGAUUCUCAAACAUGUUCCUGAAGGUGCUGAGACAGAGCAGAGCCUUCAACGGGCGCUUCAAGUUCUAAGAUUAGCUAAUAGACAGCUGGAAAAAGAAAAGGCAGAAUUAAUCCAUCAGUUGGAAGUUAACAAAGACCAAAGUGGAGCUGAAAGCACCAUAUCCGAUCUUGAUCAACUAACGGAAAAGGUAAAAGAUUUAGAGACACAGCUCAAAACCUCAGAUACAGAAAAGCAGUAUUUGAAGGAGGAAAUAAAAAAGCUGAAAAAAGAACUGGAAAACUUUGAUCCUUCAUUUUUUGAAGAAAUUGAAGAUCUGAAGUAUAAUUAUAAAGAAGAAGUGAAAAAGAAUAUUCUCUUAGAAGAGAAGUUAAAAAAACUUUCUGAACAAUUUGGAGUUGAAUUAAGCAGUCCCGUUGCUGCUUCUGAACAGUCUGAAGAUGAAGAGGAAAGUCCUGCUAAUUUCCCCAUUUAUUAAGGACCACCUAUAACUGUAGUUUUAUUUAUUUAUUAACUUUGUAAGUUAAAACU